CUACUUUUCUUUCAGACUCGCUUCCUCUCGGUGUCUGCGGUGAUAUUUUCCCAUAUUCCAUCGUUUCUUCUGUAAUCGAUCCUCUACUUGCUGUGCAUGGAGACCCAUAAAUUUACCACCUUCUUCUUCAAUUAUGCUUUAUUUCUGGUUGUUACCCUUUUUUCUCUAUACAUAGGAGGCUGUUUAGCCUCUCGUUUCAACCGGUUUGAAUCUGGUAUUUUGAUGCCAUCAGAAGAACUUGAACCAGGAGUUGAUGAUGAUCAACUUGGAACAAGAUGGGCGGUUCUCGUUGCUGGAUCAAUGGGUUACGGAAAUUACAGGCAUCAGUUUGAUCUUACAGGCCGAUGUCUGCCAUGCAUAUCAGCUGCUGAGAAAAGGUGGCAUAAAAGAGGAGAACAUAGUAGUGUUUAUGUAUGAUGAUAUAGCUAAUAAUGAAUUGAAUCCCAGGCCUGGAGUUAUCAUCAAUCAUCCACAGGGAGACGAUGUAUAUGCUGGUGUUCCUAAGGAUUAUACAGGGGAGAAUGUUACUACUAAAAAUCUUUAUGCAGUACUUCUGGGUGAUAAAAAUGCUGUCAAGGGUGGAAGUGGCAAGGUUGUAGACAGCAACGCCAAUGAUAGAAUUUUCUUGUACUAUUCUGAUCAUGGAGGCCCUGGAGUUCUUGGGAUGCCAAAUCUGCCUUUUCUGUAUGCGAUGGAUUUCAUUGAGGUUUUGAAGAAGAAACAUGCAGCUGGGGGUUACAAAGAAAUGAUUAUAUAUGUAGAAGCUUGUGAGAGUGGGAGCAUUUUUGAAGGGAUUAUGCCCACAGAUAUAAACACUUAUGUCACUACAGCAUCAAAUGCUCAAGAGAGUAGCUGGGGAACUUACUGUCCUGGGAUGGAACCGCCUCCACCUCCCGAAUUCAUCACUUGUUUAGGGGAUUUGUACAGUGUAGCUUGGAUGGAGGAUAGCGAGUCGCACAAUCUGAAGAAAGAAACAAUAAAGCAACAAUACAAGACGGUAAAGGCCAGGACUUCUAAUUUUAACACUUAUGCUGGUGGAUCUCAUGUGAUGGAAUAUGGGAAUGCAAGCCUCAAAGCAGAGAAGGUCUAUUUAUAUCAAGGUUUCGACCCUGCAACUGUGAACUUCCCUCCAGACAAUGGUCAUAUCGCCGCACCUAUGGAUGUUGUUAAUCAGAGAGAUGCAGAGAUGCUCUUCCUGUGGCAAAUGUAUGAAAGGUCAGAAGAUGGGUCGGAAAAGAAGACGAAAAUACUCCGGCAGAUUACAGACACAAUUAGGCAUAGAAGGCACUUGGAUAGUAGCAUAGAAUUGAUUGGAACACUAUUAUUUGGACCCAAAAAGAGUUCAUCUGUGCUUCAAUCUGUCAGAAAACCUGGUUUGCCCCUGGUGGAUGACUGGAAUUGCUUAAAAUCAAUGGUUCGUGUGUUCGAGACGCACUGCGGAUCAUUGACCCAAUAUGGCAUGAAACACAUGCGUGCAUUUGCCAAUAUCUGCAACAGUGGGGUUUCUCAAGCCUCCAUGGAAGAAGCUUCAACCGCCGCGUGCAGUGGCCUUAACGCUGGACUAUGGCAUCCUUCAAAUCAAGGUUAUAGUGCUUAAGUUUAGGCAGAAAAUGUGCAACUUCCAUUACUUAGUUUCUAGCACAUAGUUAAAAAAGAGAAGGCUCCAAUUCACCUGCUCCGUUUGGUUGCCUUGCAGUUUGUGGUAGAGAACUAUGAUGUAGUAAUAGUUUGUAGGUACCAUGUGUGGUUUCCUGAGUUACAAUGGAUUGUUCUAUUGUUUUGGGACCCAUCUAGGUCGAGAAUUAUAUUCUAGAACCUUUGUACAUAUCUCAAUAUGAUAGUAAUGAUGGCUUUAAGGUUUGGUUGGUCCA